UGAAAACAGACUCACCAUCUACAACAUGAGACUUUCUCAUGGUCCUCACCUCUGUCCCCACACCUGGAAAAGACUCUACUCAGCUUAGAGAACUACUUUUCCUCAAAUUCAGCUCUAUACCAGCAGACAGAUUGAAGUGCUCUCUUAGACCACAGACAUCUUGGAAUGCUCAAAUGCUAUACUUAGGUCCCAAUUCACAGGUACUGUUUGGGAGAUAAUUGUAAUACAGACAGAACAGAAGAAAUCCCUAUAUGAUCCACAUCCCUGGGAGAAGGUCUAGAGCACUGGACACACAUCUAGGACUGGGCCUUAGAAUGAAAAGUGGCAGGAGGAAGACUGCAUGAUAUAAAGGAAGACAGUACACAUCUAAGACGCAGAACUUACAGCAUCAAGGUGGUGUGAGGCACCGAAGUGUGAGCCAAAGCCAUGGAGGCCUCUGUGCUUAGCCCCACAUCCUGGGAGAAACGGCGGGCCUGGAUCCGACAGAGCCGUAACUGGCAGACCCAGGUACUGGAAGAGGAGGCUGCAGCUGCCCUGCUGGACGUCCCUGAUCCUGAGCCUUCCAGCCUGGAUGAUGUAUUCCAGGAAGGGAAUCCAAUCAGUAAGAUUGAAGACUGGCUGCAGGACUGUGGAGACUCUGAGGAGGGACUUUCUGAGGAAACAGGACAGUCCAUCUAUAGUGAGUACUCCAGCCAUGGGACCAGCUUUGAAGAUGACUUGACCCUUGGAGCAGAGGCCACACUGUUGGCCACCAAUGGUAAACUCUUCUCCAGGAGUUUCCUACAGACAGCCAGGCCUUGUCAGCUACUUGAUCUUGGCUGUAGUUUGGCUUCCAGCAGCCUGACUGGUGGGACCAACAAGACUAGCUCAAGUAUCUCAGAAAUCCUGGAACAGGUGCAAGAAGAUGCAGAAGAUGUUCUCUUCAGUCUAGGCUUUGGCCAAGAGGACCACAAAGAUACAUCUCGAAUUCCUGCAAGAUUUUUCACCAAUCCUUCUCAGGCCAAGGGCAUUGAUUUCCAGCUCUUCCUAAAGGCCCAGGUGCAGAGGAUUGAGAUGGAGGACCCCUGUCUCAUGUUGGCCAGCAGGUUUAAGCAAGUGCAAACACUGGCCGUCACUGCAGAUGCCUUCUUCUGUCUCUACUCCUAUGUCUCUAAGACACCUGUCCAAAAGUUCACACCAUCCCACAUGUUCUGGAAUUGCAACCCAACUGAUGUGCCAUCCAUCAGGAUUUUGGUCCCAGAGACAGAACCCCAAUCACCCAGAGAUCGCCUCCGGAAAGCUAUCUCCAAAAUGUGCCUAUAUACAGGAUCCCGAGAUCAGAUGUCAUCAUCCCACAACAUCCCCAAAAGGAACAGUUUGGACCAAGUGGUGUGGGAAGUGAUGGACAGAGUGAGAGGAGAGAAACUAGUUCUCCAGCAAGGCUCUGGAUUUGGGCAAAGCCCCCAGGAAGAUCCUGUGACUCCCAUAGGAGAUACAAAGCUGUCCACUUCUUCCUUUCCAUUUGUCCAACACCCUAAGGAGGAAGCACAGCAAGAGAUUCAAACUUUGAAUUCUAACCCUAAGGUGCCUCUCAGUAUACAUUCUCUAAACAGAGUAGAUCCACAGGGGAGCCCAAACUCCGCACAAGAGCUGUGGGAUCUACAGGAAGCCAAUUCAGCCAAGAAUGAGACUGUCUGGAAAACAAACAGAGCAAGAAAGAGUCUAUUUCAAAAGAGUUCCUUGGAAAAGACAGUGAAGUCAUUGGACCUGUCCAACAUCCAGCAGAAAUGGAAGCAGAUCCGAGACAGACCAGAAAUGCACCAAUCUCUAACCCAACAGCCUCAGGAAAUCUUUUAUUCAAAGGAGGCUUUCUCCACCACACCACCACCACAUGAUGGAAGAGCAGCAAGUCUAUUCCCACCUCUCCUUGAAGGAAGUUUGUACCACCCUCAACAUGCAACCUCUGCUCCUUGGAGCUCCACACCCUUGAACUCAGUAGAGAAAGGCAGCAUGGUACACCAGGAAGAAGACCAGAUGGAGAGAGCUGGAUUAUGUAUCCCAGUGCUGGUGGGAGCUGCAUGCAUGCACAGAGAAAGACCUUAACCACAUAACUUCAUUUCCCUGUGCAUUGAUGUCUCAUGAUAUGGACAGGAAUAAACUGGAUAAAGACUUAAACUUCUCCCAUGUUUUGACAAUGCUGAAGACAGUUGAAAGAUUUAAGGAGGAUUAAUUCUAGGGAUCCAAGGUUGCUACUGAAAUGCUCUCAGAGGGCUCAAACUAAAAGGAAGGAGAAAUCCUAACUUCAGCCUCAAAACCUUUGGUACAACUCCCUGAAGGAUUCCCUCUGGAUCUCUAUCCAUUCUUAUACACCCCUAGUUUAAUUCCAGAAAAUCUCCCACAACACCAGAGUCCUAUUUUUUUUCUUGAAAUCUUACCCAAAGAGAUUGAUUUAGGGCCUCCCACUUAAGCACAGAUCCUCUCUACCCCAAAUGUUGUGUCUUCAUAAGAAAAUAGAUGAGCUGGCUUCAGGGUCCUUCCUCUUGGCCUACCCAAAAAACUCACAAUAUUUUU